AUGACCGAGCAAAAGGAAGUGGCCGUAGAGCAAGACGCCAAGGCCCUCGAGGCCGGUGCGCCUUCACGAGCACCAAAUGACCAGACCAUGGAGCAGCUGGAUAUAUUCGAAGCCCCCAAAAUCCGCACCAAGCUGCGUAUCACCGCCAUAAUACUCGCUCUUCAUCUCGUCCUCUUCGUAGGAGCACUCGAUCAGACUAUUGUUGCGACUUCAAUCCCUACAAUAUCGGCGGCUCUGCACUCCGCUGCAGGCUAUACAUGGAUUGGAGGUGCAUAUCUGCUAGCCAACGCCGCCACAGCGCCCAUGUGGGCCAAAUUUAGCGACAUCUGGGGCCGCAAGCCGGUUCUUCUCGGGGCGGUAGUAAUCUUCGCCAUCGCAAGUAUAAUCGCAGCACUGAGCAAGAACAUGGAGAUGCUAAUUGCUGCGCGAGCGCUGCAAGGCGCAGCUGGCGGAGGUCUGAUGCAAUUAGUGAUGAUGGGGUUCACUUGGGCACUUGCUGGCUCAGCCGGUCCGCUGAUCGGCGGAGCAUUCACGGAGCUUGUUUCCUGGCGGUGGUGCUUCUGGAUCAACCUACCCGUCUGCGGGCUCUCUUUCACACUCCUCCUGCUUUUCCUGGAUGUGCACAACCCCCGCACAAAGCUACGCGAAGGCAUCGUGGCCGUUGACUGGCUCGGCACGCUCUGCAUUCUAGCCGUGACGCUGCUACUACUCUUGGGAUUGGACUUCGGCGGCGCGAUCUUCCCCUGGAGCAGCCCGAAAGUCAUCUGUCUGAUCGUGUUCGGAACAGCCAUGAUCGGCUUCUUCGUGUUCAGCGAGAAACGACUAGCCAAGUACCCGCUAAUGCCUCUCGGCAUCUUCAGCAGCUGGUCCAACAACGCCAUCAUCCUCGUCGCCUUUGCGCACAGCAUGGUCUCCAUCGGCGUGGAGUUCUACCUCCCGCUGUACCUGCAGAGCGUCAAGCAGGCCUCACCCCUCCGCAGCGGUAUCCUGAUCAUUCCCAUGAUGGUCACCGAAGCAGCCGUGGACAUCCUCGCCGGAAUCGCGAUCUCUCGGACAGGCCGCUACAGAGAAAUCACCUGGGCCGGGUUAGCACUCAUGACGUUGGGAACAGGACUCUAUAUCAACCUCGGAAUCAACACAUCGGUGGCAAGCAUCGUGGGGUUCGAGAUCAUCGGCGGGAUCGGCACCGCGCUUUUAUUCCAAACGCCCGUCAUCGCUAUCCAGAAUACCGUUAGUCAGGCAGAUACCGCCUCCGCCACGGCGACGAUGGGUUUUAUCCGCAAUCUGGCGACAUCUUUGUCCAUCGUCCUCGGUGGGGUUAUAUUCCAGAAUGGUAUGAAUGCUCGCCAUUCAUCGCUUGUGGCCACUGGUCUCAGUGUAUCCGUCCUCGAUGCCUUGUCCGGUGAUCAAGCGGCGGCAAAUGUCGACAUCGUCAAGGCUAUCCAGGAUGCCGCGCACCGUCGGGCAGCGCAGGGUGCUUAUGCCUGGAGUCUACGGAAUAUAUUCAUUAUGUACACGGGCGUGGCGGCUGUUGGGUUAGUGGCGGGGGCGUUUAUCAAGCAGCGACAUAUGAUGAUAGGAAUAGCUGUGGAUGAUUUUGGCGAGGAGUACCGCUCCGGUGGCCUUUGCAAGGGGAAUCGGUAUUCCAGUGUAGAUCCCCGUUGA